GUAAAAACCAUGGGAACUGGUGAAGCUGAUCUAAUGGAUUCUCAUUUCUAUCAUAAUCAUAACUUCUCAUCAUCGUCAACAUCUUCUUCUUCUUUCUUGUCUUCAUCUUCUUCAUCUUCUUCUUCUUCUAGGGUUUGUAAUUUCAACAUUCAUACAGACCUCCACAAGCAGAAACACGGAUUUGAAGGAACGGAGUGAGUUCUGAGGUUAUAUUAUGUUUCAAUUUCUUUUGGGUUACAACACAGGAAUCUGACCUACUUACAGAUAUUGAACCUACCAACACCUUUUACUCCACCAGAUUGAGAACAUUAAUAGAAAAUCAAACCCAUUGACAUCGAAUUUGUUCUUCUAUGACUGUAAUUGGAAAGAACUGAACUGGGUCCAAGACCAAAACCCUAACAUUUUUUGAGAUAUGGAGAAGUCUAGAUCUAAGAGGAAUUACUACUAUGACCACCAAGACUUUGAUUCCGAGUCGAUGGGUAGAACCAGACCUCGUUACAACAACAAUCACUACCCCAAUAAUAAUUAUCGUCAUCGUGGAAAUGCUGUUCGACCCUCUAAACCUCAAGACCAAUCUCUUAUGGUCACCACUACUUACAGGAUACUUUGUCAUGAUGCUAAAGCUGGGGGAGUUAUUGGCAAAUCUGGUAGUAUUAUUAAGUCUAUAAGGCAGCAUACCGGCGCGUGGAUCAACGUGCAUGAGCUUGUUCCUGGUGAUGAGGAGAGGAUAAUUGAGAUUUCGGACACACGGCGGCGGGACCCAGAAGGUCGGAUGCCGUCGUUCUCUCCGGCUCAAGAAGCGCUUUUCCUGAUUCAUGAAAGGAUUCUUGAGAGUGAAAUGAGUCCUGGGUUUAAUGGAAUGGGGUAUGGUCCUGAGGAUGAGGAGGAUGAUUAUGGUGGUGUUAGAGGAGGAGGUGGGAGCGGUUGCGGUGGUCGUGUGGCGACGAGGCUUGUUGUAUCUAGAAUGCACGUUGGUUGUUUGCUUGGGAAGGGAGGGAAGAUAAUCGAGCAAAUGAGGAUGGAAACCAAGACCCAGAUAAGGAUUCUACCUAGAGAUCACAAUUUGCCUCGUUGCAUUUCAAUGUCGGAGGAGAUUGUUCAGAUUGUUGGAGAUACAAAUGCUGUUAAAAAAGCUAUAGCUAUUGUUUCAUCACGCUUGAGAGAGAGUCAGCAUCGUGAUCGUAGUCAUUUCCAUGGGCGUCUACAUUCACCAGAGCGCAUUUUCCCUCCCGAUGAUGAUUAUGUUCCACAUAACGCACGGCGAUUACCAAUGGAUGGACGGCCAUUUAGACCACGCAUGUCUGCUUCUAAUUCAAGAGGCAAUGACUAUUCCAACCGUCAGUCUAAUUUUAUGGUGGAGCCUGGGGCUGCUCCUGUAAACGACAAUAUGAUGCCCUUUUAUGGCGAGGACCUUGUAUUUAGAAUAUUAUGCCCAAUUGAGAAGAUAGAUAGUGUUAUUGGAGAGUCUAAUGGAAUCAUUGAAUUACUUCGUAACGAUGUUGGUGUGGAUAUCAAGGUUUCUGAUCCUGUGACUGGUUCGAAUGAACAGAUUCUUAUCAUUUCCUCGGAUGAGGGUCCAGAUGAUGAGCUUUUUCCAGCACAGGAAGCUUUGUUACACAUCCAAACUCGCAUUGUUGAUCUUGUUCCUGAUAAGGAGAACAUUGUAACUACUAGGUUACUUGUACCAUCAAGUGAUAUUGGAUGUUUGGAGGGAAGAGAUGGAUCAUUGUUAGAGAUGAAGAGAUUAACCGGUGCGAAUGUACAUAUUGUGCCAAGAGAAGAUCUUCCCAUGUUUGUAUCAGGGGCGGAUGAGCUUGUACAGAUCAUAGGGGACAUAAAAGCAGCUCGAGAUGCACUUGUCGAGUUAACAUCAAGAUUACGGAAUUGCCUUUAUAAGGAGCCGUUCCAAAAAGAUGCAAGCCCUCAAGUAUCAGUACAAAGCACCAUGGUCAGUUUAGGACUUGAGGAAUCAUCUUCAAAUAAUAACGCUGCAGCUCGUGAAGUUCAUAGUGGAAAUGAUUCUGCAAGCACAGCUUUUCAAAAUGUGCAACCUUUUGGAACAGCACAGCUUUUAAAGGAAACUGGAGGAUCGAGCAAUGAAACUGGUACGCAGAAUGAAAAUGAUCGACGUGAAGAUUUGCCUAGUGGGUUAAAUAGGAUACCUGUGCCACUUGUCACCCGGAGUACGCUCGAAGUUGUGAUACCAGAGCCUGCAGUCCCCAAGCUUAUAACAAAAUCAAAAAACAAGCUUGCUCAGAUCAGCGAGUUAUCCGGAGCCAAUGUUAUGUUGGUAGAAGAUAGACCAGAUGUAACCCAGAAAAUAAUUCAAAUAUCAGGCACACCGGAGCAAGCUGAGAGAGCCCAGAGCUUGUUGCAAGGCUUUAUUUUGAGCUUGCAAGAAGAUGGGCCAUAAGUUGUCGCCAUUUGGUUCUACCCACUAAACUUUAUUUGGCCGUAAAAGGUUGGUUAUUGCCCCCAUGCAGAUCAACUGUUGUAGUAUCCGGGGGGGGCUCUCGCUCUCUUGCUCUCUUUUCAGCUGUUUGAUUUUUUUUUUUCUGGAAGAGCCAUACAAGAAGACGGAGCAAGAUUAACCAUUGCCAUGUAAAUUUUAAAUGUAUAAGAGUUUUCAUUCUUCUUCCUUCGCAGUUUCACAAAUAUUCAUGUCUGUAGGAAUCAAUAUCAGUAUCAUUUAUCCAAAUAGUUAUUGAAAUCUGAUUUUUGUCA